AUGAAGAGGGGACCUGAAGCAGAAGAACAGAUAUUAGGUAAUCAAGGUGAUGAAGCUGGUCGCGCCGAUGACAAUACCUCAACGCCAUGGCUAAAGCUGGGCCUCGAUGCACUGAGAAGCGAAGCGGCUAAGCCUCCAGAGGCCAAACCUGUGGCCACCCCUCAACGGACGUUCUCCUGCAACUACUGCCUGAGGAAGUUCUUCAGCUCGCAGGCCCUUGGCGGGCACCAGAAUGCACACAAGAAGGAAAGGUGUGCAGCCAGGAGAUCACGAAGCUUUCAGCAACUGAUGAUACGCUUUCCUCCAACUGCUUCCUUCAUCCAACCUAUGAGGGCCAGCCCCCACUCCACAAUUCUGACUGCACAAGGUGAAAGGGCCGCUGUUGUUGUUGCAAGAUUUCAUGACGGCCAAAUGAGAAACAGGAUGCCUUUUGCAGUAGAGGAAGCUGCCUAUUUAGUGUGGCCUGGGAGCUUCAAAGCAAGUCUUCAGGAGACCAUGAAGCAACCAGAGGAAAAUAUUGAUUUGAGCCUGCAUUUGUAA